AUGAAGGGCUCCCUCUUUCUUUGUCUAGUUCUUGUGUUUAUAAGUUGUUUGAAGAAGGAUGUUGUUAGCCAAAAGUACCUUAAUUUUGAUAAGAAUUACGUUGUUACGUCUAGUCAAGAUCAUGUUCUUCGAUUAAACGGUGGUACAGAAGCUCAACUCACUCUCGAUCAAGCUGGAGGUGGUGCUUUCCAAUCACUGCUUAAGUAUGGUUCGGGAUAUUUUGAGAUGCAAAUAAAGCUUCCUUCCAACCAUUCUCCCGGAGUUGUUACUACAUUCUAUUUACAUUCAGAUAUAGGAAGCGAUAAUGUUCAUGAUGAGAUAGACUUUGAGUUUCUAGGAACAGAUGGUCCAUCAUAUAUAUUACAAACCAACGUUUUUGCUGAUGAUGUUGGAGGAAGAGAGGAAAGACUUCACUUAUGGUUUGAUCCCACCCUAGCUUUUCACAACUAUGGAAUUCUUUGGAACUCUCAUCAAAUUGUGUUCUUUGUAGACCAAGUUCCAAUAAGGGUAUUUAAAAACCUAACAUCGAUCGGGGGGAGAUACCCAUCACAAGGAAUGUUGGUUCAAGGAAGCAUAUGGAAUGGAGAAGGAUGGGCAUCGAAUGGAAGAAAAGUAGAUUGGUCACAAGCUCCAUUUCAAGCAAAUUACAAAAGCUUUGGUAUUCUUGGUUGCCAAAUUGGGAACCAAUGUGACUCACAAACACUUCCAUGGAAUAAUCAAGAUAAGUGGGAAUUGAAUCCCAAACAACAAAGUGAUUAUGAGAAUGUGAAGAGAAAAUAUGUAUACGAUACCUAUUGUUUAUCUCCUAGAGGAAAAAACUACAGAGAGUGUCACCCUUGA